UUAUUACAAUCCUGAUACACACGUAUAUAUAAAAAAACGCGUGCUAUUUAUAAACAAAAUAACAACUAGUUAAUAGCACGGUGUGAUUAUAAUCAUUUAUACUAUGGCAUUAACAAAUAUUUCUGGAAUUCCUGAUAAACAUUGGCAACCGCCAUUUGUUUUAAUAGAAACUACCAUGGGUGAAAUCGGUAUUGAAUUAUACUGGAAACAUGCACCAAAUACAUGUAGAAAUUUCGCUGAACUUGUAAGGAGAGGAUAUUAUAAUGGAACUAAGUUUCAUCGCGUUAUUCGAGAUUUCAUGAUUCAAGGAGGUGAUCCUACGGGAACUGGAAAAGGUGGUGUAUCUAUCUAUGGCGAGUGUUUUGAUGACGAGAUUCAUGAUGAUUUAAAACACACAGGUGCUGGAAUACUUUCAAUGGCUAAUUCUGGACCUGAUACUAAUGGAUCUCAGUUUUUCAUAACAUUAGCACCAACUCAAUGGUUAGAUGGCAACCAUGCAAUAUUUGGAAGAAUACAUUCUGGGAUGGCGAUAGUCAAGCGAAUAGGUUUAGUCGAGACUGAUAAAAAUGAUCGACCGAUCGACGAUGUCAAAAUUGUUAAAGGCUCUGUAAAAAAUGUGUAAUUAAAGUAUAAUUAAUAAGGUAUUAUUACAUGUAAAACAAUCUUUUCUAUUUUUAAAAAUAAAUUAUAAAUUUUUUUUUUUUUAACAAUCGAAGAGUAUUUAAUUUUCUUCAAAAUUUUAUCAUCGGAAAAUAUGAGUGAGUUUAUUAGUAAUUCGUUAUUACAGAAAAUUUUUAAAAUAAAAUAAAAUUGUUUGUUUAAUUCAUUAAACUAAUUAUAACGGACCGUAAGAUUCAUGAUUGUAAACAUCCUCCUACGUAGUGGGAUUUUAAAAUUUCUCUUGGCACGCGAUUUUAAAAGUAAAACAAGAAGUUCAGUCUCACACAAAUAAACGCAGAAUACAUGUAUAGUUACAUAUAAGUUUAAACCCACAAGACGAUCUUGCAAACAGGUAAUUCUAUACCUGCUUCUCAACCCAACCUGCCACCGGACCCCGAUCCAACAUGUUGUUUUUUCCCCUCUACUCCAAAACCAAAGUAUUUCUCAGAUUAGUCAGCAUUGUUGUUACUUUAGUUAAAGUUCUUGGUACCCUCUGCGAUUUCAACCGUUACAAAACGCCGGUUAGAAUUCUCCUUUUCAUAAUGUGAAAAUGUAACGCUUUUUAACAUCUUUUUUGCUUAUUAAUUAUAUUCUGUAUUUAUUUUGAUUAUUAUAAAUAGUACCAAUAAAAAAAAAAACUUGUGUACGAUU